CAUCUGUAAUGCACAGACGUUAUUGCGUGGCCUUGAGAGUUCGUCUGAAUUCGAAAACAAACAGUGUCUCGAAUUUAAAACUGAUUUGUGGUUUCACUCAUCCAUUGAAUUAUAUUCUAAGCAUUAAAAUGGCUACAGGAGGUUCAAAUGAAGAUGAUUAUUUAUCAACUUGUGGCAUAUGCUUCAUCAAGUAUGACCUUCUCAUGAAUCGGCCCAAAGUACUGCCUUGCUCUCACACAUACUGUUUCACCUGCAUUCAAGCUAUGAUUAGUUCUGGGAAUCCAUUGAAAUGUCCUAUGUGUCGUAAAACAGCAGUUGGAAUUGAUAAAGUUGAAUCCCUACCCAACAAUGUCCAUGCUGAACACAAUAUUCUUUUGAAUAAGAAGUUAGAGAAAGCUGAAGCUGAGGCCAAAUUAUCCUCAAAGUUACUGGAUGCAUAUUUGAAAUCCAACAAGUCUGAAUGCCAAGUGUUUGUCGUAACAGAUGAUCAUGAGCCAAAGGUUUUGUCUUUCAACGCCAGUAAAGAAGUUGUCAACCAUUUUCAUCAAGCUUCUAUGAAGAUUCCGAAUACGGAAAAACCAGCUAAAUUGCGAAUUAUUUCUUGGGAAUCUUUCAUGGAUAAUACCAUUCCCGAGUUUCCUCUGUUGAUGACAUCAGUUGUUAAUGUCUUGAAAGCACAAAAUCCUGAUGUUGUGUUUCUCUACCAUGUGGAGCCGGACACUCUCGAUCGCCUUAGACAAAGUCUUCCCAAUUUCAAAUUCAUUUAUGAUUUCCACGAUGUGGAGAUGAGCGUAACUCUGUUGAACACUUCCGUGUCUUAUGAUUCCCACGAAGUCGUACAACUUCCCAAAGAGGAUGAAAAUGGUUACUAUAGCUAUAGCUUUCUUAAACUUGAUGCGCAUGUGGGAACUCUGAAACUAAAGUUAAUCAACGCUGAGAUCGACAUGUUCGCAUCUGAUAUGUGGCGGGAGAAUUUUACGAAAAUGAUGUUACACGAACUUAUAAAAGGAUCCGAUGCAGCAGCGAACGUUAUUUUGGGAUUGAGAGGCUGCAGUGGAAGUCAAAAUUGGGAUACCUACCAACGAGACGUUGGACUACCUCAUCCCACCGUUGAUGUAUGGGAAGCGUGCAAAAAACCAGGAAUGUGCAACUUCAUCUGGCGCCAUGACAUGACUGAAACCGAUGUCUUGGAGUAUAAGGAUUUUAACGGUGAAUCGCCCAAUGCUAAUGACGACGAAUAUCGUCUUUUACGCGUAUUCUUACGUCCGUCAAAUUCUGUUUUUGCUCAACCAAAAUUCUAUGGUGAAAUUCAAUUCUUAAAAAUCACCCGAGCCACUUACUCAGCGAUUUUAGUUGAUUUUGAUAUAUUUUAAGCACAUUCUGUCUUUCGUGAUUUAGGAUGACUCUAAAAAUCCAGAACUUUGAAUUGUUUCAUUUUGCGCCAAUUGCAGUUAAAAUAUACAACACACGUACGUUGUAAAUUUCUUUUGUCAAAUUGAACAAAUCAUUUUUCAUCCUACUUUGUUUACUGAAAACAAUUCUAAACCAUCCGUUAUUUUUAUCCGUUCCACAUUCAAAAUCUAAAAAGUUGGAAUCAAAUUGUUGUAUUGUUUGAAAAAUCCGCGCUCUUUUCAGGUUGUCGCUUGGAGCGCUCAUAAAUUAUCUCCUCUUUGA